AUGGCGCCCACGUCCCCAGACCAGCACGACGCCGCAAUAGACGCACACUCGCGCAGCGCCCUGGCCACCACAAAGCAGAACCUGCGCUACCUCUACGACCCCAAGACCGCAGCCCCGGGCGCCGUGUCCUCGCGCCGCACGCGCGCCGCCCUGCGCGUGCUGCGCUCCAGCCUAAUCUUCGUGUUCUGGCGCGCCGUGCGGUGGGCCAAGUACGUCGCGAUUGGGUCGCUGGUGGCGACGGUGGGGGCGGGCGUGUUCGGGACGUUUGUGAGCGGCGCGGGGUUUGUGCUGGCGCCGACGGGGAUUGCGGGGACAAUUUUCGCGGCGACGGUGUGGGGGGUUGGGAGGUUUGCGGUGGGGAGGGUGAGGAGGCGGUGGGGCCAGGGACGGGGGUAUGGGGAGGUGGAGGAGAGGGUUGAGGCGAGGAGGAGUGGGGUGGAGAGGAUGGAGCGUGGGCCGGAGGCGAUUCCUUGGUAG